AUGCCAUCUCUCUUUUCUCGUUUCAGAUCCACCCAUCUCUCAACCGAUGAUCAUGGAAGCAACCAUUGUUCCAACACUGAACAAUCCAAUAACAACAACAAUAACAACCCUACUUUCAUACAAACAAAAUCUCCAUCAUCAUCAAUGAAUGAAACAAAUUCUUCCUCCACCACAGUUGUUGCCAAUUCUUCUUCCCCAUCGACUCCCUCUCCCACUUCCUUGUAUAACAAUUUUGAAAAGAAGUAUGAUCUAGAAUCGAAUUUGGCUCAUCUUGGACAAAUUUUCAAUACCGAACUUUGUCAUACGGAUAUUUCGGAGCAGAAAUUUGAAAGAGAUUUAAUGAGAAUGUUAAAAGUCAUCUCUUUAGUGUGUGUCAAGAAACCUCUUUCGGAAACUUGUUCAGUCACCUCUAGGACCAUAUUAUCCGAUGAAUCUGUGGAACAAUUAGUGUUCAUUCCUUCCUCUUCGACUUGUCAUGGUGAUGUGAAAAGACUGCUGACUAAUGAUCUUUUCACAACUCCACGAAUUUUUGAAAUGAUUCCAUGGAGGAGAUCCUCUCAGGAACAACAGAAUAAUGGAAUCUCCAUGUUUAUGGAAUUAUUGAAUGGAUUGGGAAAGUUAUUUAAUGAUUCAUGUUUUCAUCAACAACAUUCCAAUAAUAGUGAUACUACUCCCAACCAUGAUCAUUCACACAAUCAUGUCUUGUAUUAUGAAUCACUUACUGAAAAUGAUUAUUUUGAAGCAUUGAAUCACGUGCCAUCCACUCUCGAUGAAUCGGAUAUGAAAAAAGUGUUAACAAAAUUAUACUCGCCAAAUCAUCCAGAAAUUCUUCGAUAUCUUUGUGGAAUUGCACAACUGGUAGUUGUCUCAACACUAGGUAAAAUUGCAGCUGCGAUUUUACAAUCUAAAGUUCCUUUACAACCAAAGGACGUUCGAGGAUCUUGGAGUGUUGAAUUUAGAAGAUAUGAAGAAGGUGCAGAUCCUGAUGGAUGUUCGUUUGGAAUUCUUCAUCAGAGAACGGAUUGUAUCAUGAAGAAGGAAAGUCCUUCAAUUUUGAAACCAGUUUAUAAUUUCCAAUGGCAAAUUGAAAUCAAAUUUAAAACCAUUGCCAUUAACUCGGUAGAUGUUGUGACUGUUCGAUUGUUAAAUAUUGAUUGGAUUUUAGAUCCCACUUUGAAAAUUAGUGACACUGAAAAAGAAGAAUUAAUUUCCAUCUGCAAAAAAUUCUUCUCAUUCGAUCGAGCCAACAACAAAUUGCAUGAAUUUGACAAGACCUGUCUAGUACCUUCUGGAAGAGUUCUCAUUGAAUGCUCUCACAAAUGUGACGGUUCCACACUUCCUUGUAACAUUGAUUCAAAUAUGGAAACAGCAACCACUCCAAGAGGAAGUGACAAAAAUCCACCCAUUGUAACGACUACAAACGAUUCUUCAAAGAUAUCUGUGCCAAAACACAAAACCAAGUCCAAUGAAAUGGGAUGGUUAAAGAAAUUAUUAAUGAGCUCUUCCACAUCCUCUGAGGAAAUAUUUGAAACUCUUUCAAGCUACAAACAGGAACCUUCUCCAAAUACACCAAGAAGGUGA